GUCUGCAUGUUAUGCAAAUUGGGCUUCACUAUGUCCAGUGGCACAGUCUUGGGUUAGAAGCUGUAUCAGGUUGCUGGUGAAGAAUUUCCAUCAAGGGAUCAGGGCCUUCUAACGGAAUGGCAUGGAAUGCAACUUGUCCAAAUUGGCUAGCAGCAGAGAUUGCCCUGGAAAAGUACUACCUUUCCAUUUUGUAUGGGAUUGAGUUUAUUGUGGGAGUCCUCGCAAAUACUACUGUUGUGUUCGGCUACCUCUUCUGUCUGAAGAACUGGAAUAGCAGUAACAUUUAUCUCUUUAACCUCUCUAUCUCAGACUUGGCUUUUUUGUGCACCCUCCCCAUGCUGAUAAGAAGCUAUUCUCAUGGAAAGUGGACAUAUGGGGAGGUGCUCUGCAUCAGCAACCGAUAUGUGCUUCAUGCCAACCUCUACACCAGCAUCCUUUUUCUGACUUUUAUCAGUGUUGAUCGAUACCUGCUUAUGAAGCAUCCUUUCCGAGAACACUUUCUGCAAAAGAGAGAGUUCGCGGUUUUGAUCUCUUUGGGUAUUUGGGUUUUAGUAACCCUAGAGCUACUGCCCAUACUUCCUCUUAUAAAUUCAAAUAUAGCUGCCAACAGCACCAACUGCAUUGAUUACGCAAGCUCUGGGGACCCCGAAUACAACCUCAUUUAUAGCAUGUGUCUAACCUUCUUGGGAUUCCUCAUUCCUCUUUUGGUGAUGUGCUUCUUUUAUUUCAAGAUUGCUCUUUUCUUAAAGCAGAGAAGCACGCAGCUUGCUACUGCUGUGCCCCUUGAAAAGCCCCUCACUUUAGUCAUCAUGGCAGUUGUGAUCUUCUCCAUGCUUUUUACUCCCUACCACAUCAUGCGGAACGUGAGGAUCGCUUCACGCCUGGGAAAUUGGAAGCAGUCCCGAUGCGCUCAGGCCACCAUCAACUCCUUAUACAUUGUGACUCGGCCUUUGGCCUUUCUGAACAGCACCAUAAACCCUGUCUUCUAUUUCCUUUUGGGAGAUCACUUCAGAGAGAUGUUGAUGAGUAAGCUGAGGCACCAAUUCAAACCCCUUACAUUCUUUAGAAGAUGAAGUCAUGGACUGAUGUUUCCAUUCAGGAAAAAGUGAGAUACUUGUUUACUACACUGUUUUGUAUGUGAAACUGUAGGCCAAAUAGAUUUUGAUUUAACUCAUAGACAUAAAUCAGAGACGGAAAGACCUGACACUGUUUUAAAGACACACUGUGCCCAGAGUCUGUGAAAAGAUAAUGAGAAGUAUUUAUCGGUUUCUUCACCUAGGAAUUGAAAGGCAUUGGACUGGCAUUGUCUAAUGUUUGAACAUAUAAGCCCCAAACCAUACGUGUUCUAAGACUUUCUCAAUCAGUGUAAAAAAAUAGAAGAUACAUAAAGCAGCAUUUCAUCAUCACCCAGAUUGUGAAAAAAAAUGUGUUGGCAAUAUUCUCUAUGUUAUUCUUAUCCAUUUGAUCUUAUAACUUAAUGUGAAAUUGACUACCAGAUUAGAAAUAGACUAUUAAAGAUUGUUGUUAGAAAUUGGGUGUCUCGGUGGCUUAGUCGGUUAAGCGUCCAACUUUGG